AUCGGUGCAGCAUCCAUGGAGAACGGUUCAGCCAGCCCAGGAGCCGUGCUGGGCAACCAAACCUUGGGCAGGAUGCCCCGACAGCCCCUGGAGCUCCAGGUGGUCACCAUCCUGCUGGUGCUGCUCGUCUGCGGGGUGGGCAUAGCAGGCAAUGCCAUGGUGGUGCUGGUGGUGCUGCGCACCAAGCACAUGGUGACCCCCACCAACUGCUACCUGGUGAGCCUGGCUGUGGCCGACCUGCUGGUACUGCUUGUGGCUGGGCUGCCCAACAUCUCUGAAGUGGUGUCUUCCUGGGUGUACGGCUACGUCGGCUGCCUCUGCAUCACCUACCUGCAGUACCUGGGCAUCAACAUCUCCUCCUGGUCCAUCACCGCCUUUACAGUGGAGCGCUACAUCGCAAUCUGCCAUGCCAUCAAGGCACAGCUCCUGUGCACCGUGGCCCGCGCCAAGCGCAUCAUCUUCUCGCUGUGGAUCUUCACCUCCCUCUAUUGCCUCAUGUGGUUCUUCUUAGUGGACACGUCCCAGGUCACGUUUUCAGAUGGAGAACAGGUCAGCUGUGGCUACCGUGUCUCCAGAAGCCUUUACAUGCCCAUUUAUUUCUUGGAUUUUGCUGUCUUCUACGUCAUACCGUUGGGACUUGCAGCCGUCCUCUACGGCCUCAUUGCCCGCAUUCUAUACAUGAGCCCGCUGCCCGCCGCCCCGCAGCAUGCCCUGGGCUCAGCACAUCGAGGUGGCUCCCUCCAGCAAUCCUGCCUGGGCAGCAGGGGGAUCCUGAGCUCCCGCAAGCAGGUAACCAAGAUGCUGGCUGUCGUGGUGGUCCUCUUUGCCCUUCUGUGGCUGCCGUACCGCACACUGGUGGUGGUGAACUCCUUUGUGGACCCCCCGUACCUCAACAUCUGGUUCCUCCUCUUCUGCCGGAUGUGCAUCUACCUGAACAGUGCCAUCAACCCCAUCAUCUACAGCCUGAUGUCACAGAGAUUCAGAGCUGCCUUCAGGAAGCUCUGCAGGUGCAGAUGGAAGAGCACAGAGGUGCCCACACCACGCAGCAUCCCGGUGCUCUAUAGCAGAGCGAACGACGGCUCUCAGGGCAGCUUUGAGCAUGGCACUCACCUGGAUGACCUGAACUGUCCCCCUGCACCCGCGAGGAGAAGCAGGGCUGCCACACAGACACCAGGACCCUGACAUAAUGCAGGCAGCGGGAGCUGUACGGCUGUGUGCAUCAUGCUGGGAAAGUGCCAACAGAAAUUGCUUGGGCAUUGCGGCAAGCUUAA